CCCUGGUCUAAAAUGUAAAACAUAAAAUAUCAUUUUAUGCCAAGCCCAGGCCUAUUGCUCUGAUCUAAGCUCCAACUAUAUAGUGCUCUGAUCUUAACUGACUAGUUGCCAAGAAGGCAAGAAGAACUCGUGAGCACUCUUAUCUCAUUACGUUUUUCCCAGAAAAAGCCAAAGAAAUUUCAUCAAACAAUUCGUUUAGUUGUUUGCAUUUUACUUGUUAAAAAGUAUAUGCAAUUUCGUGGGCUGUUCUUCCACAUUCACAGUGGCAUUUAGGGUUUCCGUUCGCCCACAGUUAUCGUCCUAGUUGAUGCAUUGGUCAUGGACCAAAAGGUACGCUAUUUAUUGAUUUUGAUUGCGUAUUGUUGUUAUUUUUGUUAGUAGGAAUUUGGUAUAGUCGGAUCGGUAGAGUAGACAAUGCUGGAGUUGUAAGGUUCAAGAUUUCGAUCUUGAUCUGAGUGUGACUUGCGGGUUCGAGCUCAAAGCUUUAGCGCUUUAGCUGCGAUGGAGUUGGAUUGCGAGUGUUCUGCAUCUCAACCGGUGGAGGCGGGUGAAACAAUUGCGAAUACAAACUCUGACAAACCAGUUGUUGGUGUUGAUGAUGUAAAACUGAAAGAUUAUAAAAAUAAUCGUAAUGAGCAUAUUGACGAAUCAAUAGAAACUACGGGGAAGGCAGCUAAAAUCACUGAGGAGGCUGUCAAAUCAGCUUCUGCAUCGGCAAAGAAGGGUUAUGGAUUGAAGAAAUGGAGGAGGAUCAGGAGGGAGGAAGUAUGGAAUGAUGGAGAUAAUAACGCAGGUGGUAGUAAGUUGAUUAUGAAGCGUGGUCUGCCUGUUUCUCAUAACGACUCUGCAAAAUCUGUGCAUUUUCAAGGUGAAAUCUCACAAAAGAGUGAUGAUACUGUUUCAUUCCCUAAUGAAUUUGUUAGUAAUCUGGGCAUGAGUUGUAAUUCAGAGGCUUCCUAUGGCCAUGCUUUCUUGACUGGUGCGGAUUCGGAGAACAGUGAGGAGGAUAGUAGUAGUAAGUCUUCAACUGCAGCUAGUGCUCCACCAAAUAAGAACAACUUGGUUAAUAUUAAUCGAAGAAAUAUUGGCGUUUCAUCAGUUCAGAAGAAAGCAUCGCAGCCGAGAAUAGCUGUGAUAGAAUCUAGUAAAAAGCAUAGAGGCGAAAGGGUCAAAAUUGAGAAGGAAAACUCUUAUUCCAGCAUGGAGUCCGACUCAAGAAGCUCCAACUUUGUGUUUAUGCAGGGCACUCGUUGUCUGAAAAGUCAGAAUGGGACAAAAGCUAGUGAUGAAGGUAUGGACGGUGAAGGAAAAGCUAGUUACAAUGAGGGAAAUAGUGGAGAGCAUGAAGAUGUAUUGCAGGAAGGUCUAUCUGCUGAGUCAUCUUGGGAUGGAAAAGAGGGAAAAAAUGAGAACCAAGGUACAUCAACCAAUUAUGAUCCUGUAGUUGAAUCAAUCUUCAAGCUCCAAGCUGCAAAGGAAGCAUUAGAAAGGGAGGUUGAAAAGUUAAAAGAAAUAGCAAAAGAAGACAUUCUGGUCGACUUUUCAUGUCAAGAUGGCACUGAAGCUUCGAAUUUCACUUCUAUCGGUCUACAUCAAGGCCCAAGCACAGCCCAAUCAAUACAGUUCUCUACAGAUUUGGAAACAGAACUUGAGGGCCUCUAUAGACAGAAAAUAGAAGCCGAAGUUGAGGUCUUGUUGUCAAAAGCUGCAGCAGCUGAUCAAAUUACUCUCUUAGAGGAGCAAAAGGCUUUAGCUUCAGAGCAAGCAAAAAUUGCAAACAAACUGGGAAGUGCACAAGAAAAGGCUGUGAUGCUGAAAGAUGAAGCAGAAAAGGUGGAGACUUACUGUGAAAAUAUGGUCGCCACUGCUUAUGACACCUUAAGGCUACAGAAGCAUGUCUAUAAACAUGCUUUUUGCUUCUUUUCACAGUUGAUACUUCUGGUUAUCUUUGUCGGGCUGUUCCUCUUUCAGUUGUCAAUUCUUCAUGGUGAUGAUGAGGUUGUACCAACGUGAUUUCGAGGAUGCUAGUUACCUCUUCCUGAACUCUUGUAAUUCAACAUCCUAAAAGCAACCUUGAAACUUAUUCACUUCCUUUGAAACUUAUUCACUUCCUUUUUCAAAUCUAUAAUCUUGAAAGCAUGUGGAUGUACUUUUGUGUAAUAUACUAUAUUCAUUUCUCAGGGGAUAUUCUCGGGCUAUUUUGUUUUGAUGGUUUGAGGUUGAAUUUGAUUUAUGACAGUUGAUCAUUUUGGUGAUUUGUACAUGAUACCCC